AUGGCUUGCCACCUGCACUGCCACAGCUGGGAAUGGCUUGCCACCUGCACUGCCACAGCUGGGAAUGGCUUGCCACUUAUCAGGCUGGGUGUCAAGAAAUUGGAUGAGGGGACCGAGAAAUUGGAUGAGAGUACCGAGAAAUUGGAUGAGGGGAGCGAGAAAUUGGAUGAGAGUACCGAGAAAUUGGAUGAGGGGACCGAGAAAUUGGGUGAGGGGACCGAGAAAUUGGACGAGGGGACCGAGAAAUUGGACGAGGGGACCGAGAAAUUGGACGAGGGGACCGAGAAAUUGGACGAGGGGACCGAGAAAUUGGACGAGGGGACCGAGAAAUUGGACGAGGGGACCGAGAAAUUGGACGAGGGGACCGAGAAAUUGGACGAGGGGACCGAGAAAUUGGACGAGGGGACCGAGAAAUUGGACGAGGGGACCGAGAAAUUGGACGAGGGGACCGAGAAAUUGGACGAGGGGACCGAGAAAUUGGACGAGGGGACCGAGAAAUUGGACGAGGGGACCGAGAAAUUGGACGAGGGGACCGAGAAAUUGGACGAGGGGACCGAGAAAUUGGACGAGGGGACCGAGAAAUUGGACGAGGGGACCGAGAAAUUGGACGAGGGGACCGAGAAAUUGGACGAGGGGACCGAGAAAUUGGACGAGGGGACCGAGAAAUUGGACGAGGGGACCGAGAAAUUGGACGAGGGGACCGAGAAAUUGGACGAGGGGACCGAGAAAUUGGACGAGGGGACCGAGAAAUUGGACNUAUGUGUGCUCUCACGUAUAUCUGUAUAG